AUGGCACCCUCACAACCACUUGCCCACUUACUCGACCCCCUGGUCCUCGCGACCCGCACCUUGGUCGACGACGUCCCGUCCCCCGUCUUCCGCCGGCAGGCCCCUGCGACCGUCACUGUCAUCAGCUCGCAGGGCGGGAACCCGAACCAGCAGCUUUCGGGCGGCGAGAUCGCCGGCAUCGUGAUCGGGUCCAUCAUCGGCUUCCUGCUCAUCCUCUGGCUGAUCCGAUGGUCAUGUGGGCAGCAGAUGGUGCCCGACGAGAAGCCCAGCUACUACCACCAGGAGGUUUCACCGAGGAGGCACCGAAGCCGCAGCCAUCACCACCACCAUCGCCACCACUCCAGGAGCAGGAGCCACGGACCGGAUGUCAGGGUCGUCACUAGUCAUACCACUGGGGAGCCGGCCGAGCCGACGAGGGUGUACUACGAGAAGCGGAGGAGAAGCCACAGCCGGUACUGA